AGCCAGGCACCAACACGCAUCACAGGUCAUGCAUGCAUAACGCUUUCGCUGCCGAAUUCAUGGUCAAUUGUAGAAUAACUGCGCUAGUUGUGCGAACCGACAGAGUCCGACAUGCUCCGUUUUGGACGUGCUGUGAAGCGGAAGUUGGCCGGCUCUCUGUAAGGUAGUUUUUGUCUACAAGAUGACUGGAGAGCGAAAGCCUGUUCUAUAUUCUGUAUCGGAUUGUGAUGAUAGCAGACAGGCUAAAUUAGCUUUGGAUAAAUGCACUGCUGAUUCACGAAAGAGCGAACCGGCACCAGUUGGAAUGUUAUUGCGCCUAUAAAUGAAUUUGCUGUUACAGUUACAACAGAAUAUAUGACUGCUCCGUUUAUUACGAUGGAGUCCCGCGGCCAUAUAUAGGCUACCUAAACUGAAGAAAAUCAUAGGAAGGUGUCGUGGUAGGAGUGUCGUGGUUUGUUUUUCUAGUUUAUAAUUUGUCUCGCUAAUUCUCUUGUUAAUGUAAUUUAGUAGUAGAAUAACAGGUGCAUGUAUUCCAGGGAGAGACUUCUCCCUUCUCGAAACCCAACCUGCUCUACCACGUUGCAAUAUAACCUACCUACACCGUUGGCCAGGCAGACACACACAGACUACAGUACAGGUGGCUACAUUGUUGCUCUUCAUCCCCAGUAGGCUACUAAACGUCUCCUUGGGGAGAAGGACUAUUUCAGUUGGCGGAGGGAAGGAUGAAGGCAGACGAGGAAGCUCCUCCCCCCUCCCCGGGGCUGGGGGGUUCGGCGAUCCGGUGUCGGGAAGUGUGUCGGUCGUACGGUGAACUCAAAGUCCUGAGUAACCUCAACUUGACCGUACCACAGGGACAGAUCUACGGCCUGCUGGGUCCGAGUGGGUGUGGGAAGACCACACUGUUGAAAUGCAUUGUGGGAACCCUGAAGAUCUCCCGAGGGCACAUCAGCGUGUUGGGGAAGCCGCCCGCAUUUCCUGGUCACCAGGUCCCUGGGAGGAUGGUGGGGUACAUGCCACAGGACCUGGCGUUGUACAAUGAGUUUACCAUCAGUGACACCCUGACGUUCUUCGGAAGGAUCCACGGCCUGUCAUCUACGGACACCCAGGCACGCAUGGACUUCCUGGUGGACUUCCUGGACCUACCUCAGAAGAGCAAACUAGUCCGAAAUCUCAGCGGAGGGCAGAAAAGGAGGGUGUCUCUAGGAGCAGCCUUACUUCAAAACCCCCAGUUAUUGAUUCUGGAUGAACCCACAGUCGGGGUGGACCCUGUGCUGAGAGCCAAGAUCUGGCAGCAUCUAGUAGAGAUUGUGAAAACUGGAAAAGUAUCAGUCGUCAUCACCACACACUACAUAGAGGAGGCCAGGCAAGCCAACGUGGUGGGUCUGAUGAGGAAUGGCCGACUGUUGGCCGAGGGACAUCCAGAAACCAUGAUGAAACAGCACAAUGCACCGACCCUGGAGAAAGCCUUCCUGCAGCUGUGUGAGACCUCAGACCAGGUGGACUCCAAACACAGCACCUCCCCUCUGGGCGGGGUCCUAGAGAGCAGCCAAUCAUUCGAGAGCGGCCGGGACGAGAGUCUACCAAUCCUGGGAGCCGGAUCGGGACCAGUAGAAGAGCUGCCCAAAUACUCAGCGGACUGGAAGGUACGAGUCAGGCAUGUGAUGCCAAAGUGGAGGAACAUCGCAGCUCUGAUUAUCAAGACCACGGUGCGGAUGAAGAGAAUGCCAGGGUCCCUGUGUUUCCAGUUCCUGCUGCCAGUCAUCCAGAUCUCUCUGAUGUGUCUGUGUAUCGGAGGAGACCCCAAAGAAAUACAGGUGGCUGUGGUCAACAAUGAGACCUCCUCCAGCUCCUAUAGCCAAUCCCUGCUCUCCUUCCUGGACAACUCCAGCGUGCAACAGGUGAACCUGUCCCAUGCUGAGGCUUUUGCAGGGGCCUAUAACGGAGAGUACUGGGCCGUCAUCGGGUUUGGAAAGAAUUUUACCAGCUACCUGACCAAGAGGUGAGACCUACCUCUG